AUGCUCGACUCUUUUGAGAUUCUCACCACUUCUGGUGUUGUGCUGUGGUCCAGAUCAUAUGCGCCAACAAGCCCGUCUAUCAUCAAUAGUCUCAUUACGAAUGUCUUUAUUGAAGAACGAACGCUUCCAGGAGCUGGGAUAGCCGAUGACAUCUCUGCAGCAAACAAUCCUCCUUACAAGCACGACCAGCAUACAUUGAAAUGGACAACUGUGAAGGAGCUGGGUUUAAUAUUUGUGGCUGUUUACCGGUCACUUCUACACCUAUCCUGGAUUGACAAACUUGUCGACAAUAUCAAGACGCUAUUUAUUGACCUAUAUGGAGACCAAUUGAAGAAGCCACAUACUACAUUGGUUGAAUGCCACUUUGACGAAUAUUUUGAUCAACAGAUACGUGAACUCGAGAAGACAGCACUGAAUCAGGACACAAGAGUCGCUGAAUCUGCUGCUCUGGUGGAAGAAUCUCCUCCUUCAAUCUCACAAAGCUUCGGGGAUGAGCGUCCUCCUUUGCCUGGAAUUCUAUCAAGAGGACAAUCAAAGAACACCUUCAAGGACCUAACAUCAAACGAGUCAACGCCUAUUGCUACACCAGAUACGUCUCGUCCAAGCACACCCGCAGGUCAUAUCCUCACCGGAAAGGCUGGACCUGGAGGAAAAGGUUCGCGAAGAGCUCGCAAGGCCGCUAAUGCGCCCUCGGCCCACGCAUCAUCAGGCGAAGAGUCGUACGCGAAGAAGAAUAGAGCAGGAAAGGCUGCUGCGCCAAAGAAGGGCAGAAAAUGGGAUGCCGAGGGGUUAGCAGACGAGGACAGUGGCACCCCGCUAGAUUAUUCUGCACCAGCAAAUGGUGCCACAUCCGGAGACGAGGAAGUAAAGGAUCGGUCGGGAGCUGUUGAAGAAGUCGAUUCGAAGUCAUGGGGCUCUAAAACCGGUGGGCGGUUUGUUCUUAAGGAUCUAGACGACCAAGUCCAGUCUAUCUUAGCCUCUGCAGAUGCGAAGAAGUCAGACACGGCAGCAGCACCAAGUGGUAUAGUGGGCUCUAGCUUGAGUGCGAUUGGUGGACUUUUCAGGAAUGUUGUGGGAGGAAAGACUUUGACGAAAGAAGAUUUGGACAAGGCUAUGAAGGGUAUGGAAGAUCAUCUUCUGCGAAAAAACGUUGCUCGUGAAGCUGCUAUCCGAUUGUGCGAGGGAGUGGAAAGGGAGCUCAUUGGAGUGAAGACGGGGAAUUUUGAGAGCGUCCAAGCCAAAAUUCAGACCGCAAUGGAAUCUUCGUUGCAGAAGAUACUAACACCUACCUCUUCGCUCGACCUUCUUCGAGAAAUUGAUGCUGUCACCUCCCCGUCUGCAGUUUCGCUGCAAAAACCAAGACCAUAUGUCAUCUCAAUUGUCGGGGUGAACGGAGUCGGCAAAUCUACGAACCUGUCAAAGAUCUGUUUCUUCCUUCUGCAAAACAAAUACAAAGUCUUGAUUGUUGCUGGGGAUACGUUCAGAUCAGGCGCAGUUGAGCAACUAGCUGUACACGUUUGUAACCUGAAAGAUCUCACCGCUAGAGAAGGAGGAGGAGUCGAACUAUACGAAAAGGGGUAUGGAAAGGAUGCAGCCAAUGUUGCAAAGGAUGCCAUAGCUGUGGCAGCACAGAAGGGAUACGACGUCGUCUUGAUCGAUACUGCCGGCCGACGACAUAAUGACCAGCGUCUCAUGUCUUCCCUUGAGAAGUUCGCCAAAUUUGCCAAUCCAGACAAGAUUCUUAUGGUUGGAGAAGCUUUGGUAGGAACAGACUCCGUUGCUCAAGCAAGAAAUUUCAAUGCAGCAUUUGGAAGUGGUCGAUCACUUGAUGGAUUCAUUAUCUCAAAAUGUGAUACCGUUGGAGAUAUGGUUGGCACUUUGGUCAGCAUGGUCCACGCAACGAAUGUGCCAGUCCUCUUCGUUGGUGUUGGCCAACAUUACACGGACUUGAGAAACUUGUCUGUGAAAUGGGCAGUCGAGAAGUUAUUAAGUAGUAACUAG